AACACCAACUGUGCAAGGAUUGAUUGCAGUUGAAAAAUGUUUUCAAACGACAACGACAACGGAAGCGGACGCCAAUGCGUUGGGAGGAACCGUAUCGAGAUCGGAAUGGCGCUGGCAGAACCUCCAAGCGAAAGAAAAUUCACAGGAAGAGGACGAAAGCAUCACUUUGUUCCCCUUUCUGUUCGAGGCAUCCAUUCGGUGGUGCUGAUCCUUGUGUUACUCUCACUUACAAUGCAAAAUUUGGCCCAGGAUCCUGAUGCAGAAACAGGAACAACUGGAGCCAGUGGUACUGAAAGUAAUAAUAAAGCUGAUAUCGUUUGGCGCGAGGGGUACGCGGGCGACGGUACGACUCACGAGCAGCUCGGACAGGACCACUGGCCUUCCGUCGAGUACAGUCCAUACCUUGGUUUCGGCAAUUAUUCCCUGGAUCUAACCUCUUCACAAAAAGCUCUGAGUCCCGUUAAUACAUUAACGCACUUCGCCUUGCGGUUGUUUUUGUCCGACCUGCCUCCCGGCUAUGUUACGACGACGGCCAACAACAAGUUGGUUCUCGGCCCUAAGGUGUGGAAGAACGAUUGGGCUGCUCUAUUGGCUCAGUACUGGUUUCUGCUUGUUGUCGUGAUAUCCCUCCUCUUCUGUAUAAUUAUCAUUCCGUUUAUUGGGCUUGGUCUUUUCAUAAUGUUUAUUGCGAACAAGUUUGUGGAUCGCGGACUAGAAGACAGCAAUAUGACAAUGAAACGUGCUAGCAGGGACACUUGCACCUUUUUAAAAGAUGUGGCUGAUCACAUCUACCAUUUGCUGGUGUACAAUUACCAGGAGCUGGAAGCCCACCUCGAAGAUCAACUUAAUAACGCACAUGAUCACAUAUUCCUGGACCUGGGGGAUACCUCCGAGAGUACUGCGCUAGCAGAAAUGGAGCGCAUCUUGAACAACAUGCCGAAAGCCCUUAAGAUUAUGUUGCAAGUGGAGGCCUUGGAGAAGGAUAUCCGUUUCUUUGGGUCCCAAUUUAGAGACGGUAACUACUAG